UAGUUUUAGUACGAUUUAACACGCUUCAACACAGUUUGAAUUCUAUAUUUGGGAAUUUGUCCAGUGCUCGGCUUAUAGUGACGGCAGUAAACCGAAGAUCCUAAGGUGAAGCGCAGUUUUCAUCCGCAAAAGAAGCUUAAUUUACGUAGAAAGAAUUGCAUUAAUUGUUAAAAUGGAAGGAGCCGGUCAAAUUGAAGCAAGUUUAGCGGCUAAGAUCCAAGAAUGCGAAGAGUUGAAAGCGCUUAACAGCAAAUUGGAAUCAGAGCUUGCCGAGGCCAACAAGAAGGCGGUGCAGCACAACUCCGAGACCAACGAGGUGCAUAAAAUGAAAAUACACAGCGAGGAGAUCCUAACUAAAGCUAAGGCCAUGAUCUUCGAGAAGACAAAGAUCUGCAAGAACCAAGAGUUGCAGAUCGAAGCUCUGAAUGCGCAGGUGGCGUCUAUGCGUGAUGUCGUUUCGAUCACGAAGAACAUGCUGGAAAUCAGGAGUAUCGAAGUCAAGCAUUUACAGGAUCAAAUUGAUUGCAUGAAUGCCAAGGUGGACGCUGAGAAGGAACGUCAAACAUUGGUUCACCAGAAGUUGGAGAACAUGAUCAGGAUGAAUGCGGAUUUGAAGCGAGAAUAUGAGACACAGCUGUGUCUUUUCAACGCUUUGAGGGAAAGAUAUAGCGAAAGAGAACUGGCGAAAGACGUCUUGAACGACGCUCGUACUGCUAUAACUCCGGAAACAACGGUCACCUCCGAGACAUCCACGACACCGGAAGCUUCAACUAGCGACAAGAAAGAAGAAUAAAGAAUUUUAAAAUUAGCUUAAGCGAAUUGGAUUUUAUAUUGAUAGAUUUUAAAGCAUUAAAAUACGAAACGCAUAA